AUGGUGAGCCGUUUUUUGGUAAGAUCCUUCCGUGGACUGAAGAAGGAAGAGUGCAACGAAAGUCUUCGAAAGAAGCUGGAACAUAAUGAAAGAUUACGCGGGCUCGAAGCUAAAAAAACUAAACGUCUGUCAGAAUUAAAGAAGAAAAGAGUAGCAGGAGCAAAAAAGCGUGCGUUAAAGUAUGCCAAGGAGUACGUUGAUAGAGAAAGAGAGUUGGUUGAACUCAGACGUAAAGCUAAGGCAGAAGGAAGUUUCUACAAAGAGCCUGACUCAAAAGUCGCAUUUGUUGUAAGAAUUAAGGGUAUUAACAAAUUAACACCAAAACCUAAGCUGACAUUACGUCUUUUCCGACUGCUUCAACUCCACAACGGUGUGUUCGUUAAGCUCAACAAGGCCACAAUUGAAAUGCUUAAAUUGGUAAACCCUUAUGUGACAUAUGGAUAUCCGUCAUUAUCAACAGUUAGAAAGCUUCUGUACAAGAGAGGUUAUGUUAUAAAUGUUAACUGUGUUUUAGCCAAGGUUGGUAAGCCAGGAGCUAGGCAGAGAGUUAGGUUAAAUAGCGAUGAUUUAAUCAGCAAACACCUCGGAAAGUACGGCGUACACUCAAUGGAAGAUCUAGUACAUGAAGUGUAUACCUGUGGCCCUCACUUCAAACAAGUCACUAACUUUUUAUGGCCCUUCAAACUUAACCCACCAAGGAAGGGUUUUGUAGCUAAAAGGCAUGGAUUCUCAGAAGCUAGAGGAGGUGAUGCCGGUAACCGUGAGGAAUUGAUAAACAAACUCUUGGAUAGAAUGGUUUAA